ACGGAAAACAAUGCAGAAAAUAGAAUGAUCAGAGCGCGAUCAUCGAUGACCAACGAGUCACAAAUAUUUUUACACAUUUUAAUUUAAAAAAUAAACAUAUAAAGAAUGUCUGCUGGAUUCAAAGUUUCUUUGUCUAUUUCGAAGAAGAGCGAUGGCUCUCAACUGUUUUAUAAGAUCGACGGAGAACGCUUUAAAGAAAACAAAACAAUAAAACUUCAUGUGGAUACUGUUUAUAAAGUCACAAUUGAGGUCCGGCCGGCUGUCGAAAUAAGGUUAGUAUUAUUGGCUUAACUUGUUGCCAUUUUUUCAUCACAAAUUAAUAUGCUGUCAUAUAUAAUCUGUAUAACAUUUGUCAAUAUUGGAAAUGGGAAUUGGAGCUUAUAGCCUUAUAGAACUAUUCAUUUUAUAUAAUAUAAUGCAAAUGACCCAUUUCAGAUAUUUGUACAAUGUUUACAUGACGUUUACCAGUCAGUAUAUGUACAUGUAGUUUAGAAUUUAUUCUUGUUAAUAAUUGGCAGAUCUGGUAUAUGCUGUAAUAAGAGAGCUUAUAGGGAUACAACUAAUCAAUCUGAAGCUUAAUUCUUACAUAGUAUAUGCUUUAAUGCUAAUAUCCCCUAAUAUUUUAAUAACUUUUACAGCAAUGUAAGUUUAAGUGGCAUAAAUGUUGAUGGCACAUCAACCAAAACAGAUUCUCAAACAAGCUUCUCUGGUACAUGGUCUUCUGGUAUGGUGCAAAAGACCUCAAAAAAAGUUCGAACAUUUCUUCCCCUCCAUGUACAAUUUGAAGAUGGAAGUACGAUUCAAACGUCACUUCAGUGCAAAUUGUAUGCUUUGAAAGACAAAACUCAUGUUGUGUGGGGAACACCGUUGAAAUGCAUCGAAUUAAAGUGUAAUCGUCGAGAGGAACUCAACACUGUCUCAAUUGAUGAAGUGACUUUUAUGUAAUACUAUUAUUUAUUCGAGAAAUAUGGACAGACAUUUAAUUUAAAGGUUUUUUGUUACACACAGUAUAUUUUAUUGAUGGACAACAAUUGGAACUAAUAUUUGUAACUCAAUACUUACAUAAGUGCCUAUUAUACAAUUAAUUUUAGACUUAACAAAUACGUUUUAUAAAUAAAUCAAUGCAGGCAUCAGAAGCAUAGUUCUCAUACCCCAACUGUAAUAAAUACAUUCCAAUAAUCAUAAAUAUAAUUUAGUUUUAUCAAUUACUAUAUCAAUACAAUUUAUGUACAUACAUGAUACAUGAUAUAUAUAGCAAGUUUAUUCUGUACUUAAAUAAUUUUUGUAGUUAAUAACAACAAUAUUAUAAUAGACAUCCUUAUUUGUACAAAUUAUUUUUCUAAUUCACAAUUUUUAAAAUACACACCCAAGUUAAAUAUUUGUUUAUAGUCUGGUACUUUUGUCACCUUCCUGACUUAGUUCAUGAUACAACACUCGAUUUUUCUGCAACCUCGACAUAAAUUGAUUCAACUCUCGCUUAUAGCACAGCCUUAUGCUCACCACCAUGACAACGAACAGAGUCACCAGAGAAAUGAUCAAUUUAUUGACCAAAGACAACCCUAACGUAUCGCCCGGUAGAUUACGGUUAACAAGUGUUGGUCGAUGUACCACUACAGGCCUACUGGUAUUACCAAUCCAGAAAUCGUUGAGAACAACCAUGCGUCCUUCACCAUCUUUUCUGUAUCCACCAAAUAACCACAGGUUACCAUCAACUUGCCAGAAACAAGCUCCAGCUCUUGAGCUAGGUUUAAUGUUCUUUGAAUUUACUGUAACCCAAGUGUAGUCAGACAAAUUAAGCAUCCAAUGAGCAGCGGAGCUAUUAGUCGUGACGUUAGUGAUUCUCCCUCCAAGCAAGUGAAGAUCAUUACCAUGGCUAUCAAUCCAUCUGAUAAAUCCUUUUCUAUUCGACAUAUACUCCAGCUUUGUAUUGUUUACUUCAGUGAUCACAAUGUCAUCAUGACUGAUUAACAAAAGUACCGAGUUCUUCCCGAUAUUUCGGUUAGAGUGCGACCACAUGUAUACAUACACCAAACCAUCAGGGUCGUUCCAGACAGAAAUUUGACUUGAAAUAUUUCUAUCAGAUGAAUUUGUGAACUUGUUUGAAAAGGUUUGUGAACUCCAGAUCCCUGAUGUUAUUUUGAAAAUCCAUAAUUUCAUGACCCCUGUAUUCUCAUGGCAAAGCAUGGAUAUAAUGCCAGAAUCCUGAUUACACCACAUUGCAAAGCAAUCCUGAGCAUUCUUCAUGUUACUUGGACUUUGAAUCAAAUUCCACAAAUUUGAAGAUAUAUUAUAAACCCAUAAUUCUGGGAACUUCUUUUGAUGGUCAAAUACAAAAGCCUUGCCACGGCAAAAGCAUGAGGAACCUCCGUUAAACUGAGGCUGUUUCGAUGAAUUUUGAUUGGCUAUUUUGGACCACUGAUAUGAGCCCGGGUUAAACUUCCACAGAUCAUGAAGAUGGUGGUUGACGUCUGAUCCAUUUAUUCUGAUAACUCUCUUGCCACCAUACAACCACAAUUGCUUCUGGUCAUCUACCCAAGUCUGUGCAUUAAAGCGGCCACCUGGUUGGGAACGACUCUUGGUUGUCAUUUCAUGCCAUGUCAACUCAUCUAAAAGUAAUUAAUUUGCAGAGUUUGAGUACCUCACAGACGUUUGUGAGUUUGGUAGUUAAAAGUCAUGUUAAUUUGC